AGUGCAAGUGAAGUUUUUUAAUAUUUUUUUUUAAUAUUAUUAUUAUUAUAUAAUAUAAACAUGACUUUCAAUCUAUAUCUAUAUAAAUGAAUGAAUGAAUGAAAGAGAACGAUAUUGUAGCAGGCUUGAUCGUUUGACUCAAAAAUCCCACCAAAAAACUCCCAAAUUAACCUCUAGGGUACACUGAGACUCACUGCAGAUCACAAUCAGAUGUUCCUUCGUUGAAUGAAUUAAUCGGUUCCAAGCUCAUUAGUGCUUCCUAAAGUUCUUCAUCAAAUUUGUGCGGUCAGACUCAGAGUUUAUUUGAUUAUAAACGCGAUAGUUGACGCUGUGGUUAUCCAUAGCGAAACCCAUUCUACUAUAAUCUUAUAGGUUCAAGAGUGAGUUAUCCUCAUGUAGGAUUCCAUUCAAUUUCCAUGGUAUUCUGAAGUCAAGAUUUGUCGCAAUCAUUUUUGACUAUUUGGAGACAUCUAAAUAGAUAAGUUCUGGUGUUCUGCAAUGGAGCACUCAAAAUCUGAUAACCAUAUUCAGUUCAAUCCAAUACAACCCGAGAAUCUCAGCUCUAUACCGUCAUCUCAAAGCUUCCAAAAUGCAAACCCUAGAGCUGCUUCAGUGAAACCCGGGUUGAAUUUUUCCAUCGGAACCGGUGAAGAAUUUUCCCUAGAAUUCAUGCGGGACCGCGUCAACCCUAGGAUGCCAUACGUCCCGUAUCCUGCAGGCGAUCCUAGCCAUACAUCUGGCUACUUGGAACUAAAGGGCACCGUAGGCAUCCGUCAUACCGGAUCUGGAAACGGGUCGGGUGUAUCUAUGGUUAAUAUUAUAGAACGAGGUUCAAAUGCUUCAUCAGAGUUUAACAGUACACAUGGAUCAGAUAGUUCAUCAAAGAUUAAAAUCCUGUGUAGUUUUGGCGGGAAAAUAUUACCGCGCCCAGGUGAUGGAAAGCUUAGAUACGUUGGAGGAAGUACACGGAUAAUUCGCAUAAGAAAAAAUAUAUUUUGGCAAGAAUUACGCCAAAAAAUAUUGGAAAUUUAUAUCGACACUUACGCGAUUAAAUAUCAGCUUCCCGGUGAGGAUCUUGAUGCUUUAGUUUCGGUUUCUUGCGAUGAGGAUUUACAGAAUAUGAUAGAGGAAUGUAAUGUGUUAGGUAUAGGAGAAGGAUCACAAAAACUUAGAUUAUUUCUAUUUUCAUUAAGUGAUUUCGAUGAAAGUAAUUUCAGUCACGGUAGUUCUGGCGGUGAUAACGAGUUUCAGUUUUUGGUUGCUGUGAACGGGAUGGAUAUGGGUUCAAGGCGGGAAUCGGGUAUGCAUGGAUUGAUGACAUCAUCAGCUAAUAAUCUAAGUGAUCUUGAUAACCAAAAUGUUGCGAGUGAACACGUCACCAAUCUAGAAACUUCUGUUCUACAUAAGGAGGGGACAUCGGAGAAUGUUAGAUCUUCGAGAGAUGACUUGGCAUCACCAGGUGUCCUACCUGGCGAAGGAAAGCUUCCUCCAAAACCGAAAAUGAACGAGGGCAGGCCUCAAGACCUGAUACAUGCAAAAGCUGCUGCAUCUAAUGAAAAUGAUUCUGAUACAUCUGGCGGUGUUGUGGGUCCCGACAACUCGGGGUCUGAUCUUAUUGAUUUGAGUUACCUUGAAUCGCCUUCACGGGUUUAUCAGUCUGAGAGAAUGCCACGUGGACAGUCAGAGAAAAGUAGGUUGACCAAGUCAGACAACACCCAUUUACAAUCUGAUGUUGAUCCAAUAUCGGAAUCAGUUGGAAGUUUGCAUACUGAAGAUUUACAACCUCAAGUUACCCAUGGUGGACUGGUCAACUAUGAAAAGUCAACCGAGGCACCAACCGUAAACAAUGGUUUGGUUCCGGAUACCGGAAAUGACCAAUUUCCUAGUGAUUUUCUUUCUGAUGCAUUUGCAAGAGCAAUAUCAGAAGAUUCACAUGGAGUUGGACCAAUCGGUGCGCUACCGCAAGAUGGUAUGGGAUUGAGUAUGAACAUUGCAAAUCACGAACCGAAACAUUGGUCGUAUUUUCAGAAAUUAGCACAAAACGAGCUUCAAAAUAAGGAUGUUUCUCUUAUUGACCAAGACCAUCUUGCGUUUCUAUCUAAAUUUCAGAAUGCUCAAGAAGAAGCCUCUGUGGGAUAUAAUGUUUCACAGUUUCCUGAUGACGUGGAUUCCCGUAGCACUUUCGUUGAAGGUGAAGAAAAAGAAACUCAUGGUUCAGAAUCCACACGUAUGCAACCACAUUACAAUCCAUCACAGAUGGAAAACAGUGAGGAUGUGCAGCUUGAUGAUCUGCCAGAAAACUUGAGAAUGCCGUACUCAGAGUACAAGACUGAAACAAGGAAUGAUGGGCUACCGUCUAUUGAUCUCUCUUUAGGCGAUCUUGAUAUUAGUUCUUUACAGAUUAUAAGAAAUGAAGAUCUUGAAGAAUUAAGGGAACUUGGUGCUGGUACCUUUGGUACUGUGUACCAUGGAAAAUGGAGGGGAACAGAUGUUGCGAUUAAACGCAUUAAAAAAAGCUGCUUUGCUGGUGGCCGCUCAUCUGAGCAAGAAAGAUUAACAGUGGAGUUCUGGCGGGAAGCUGUAAUUCUCUCAAAGCUUCAUCAUCCAAACGUAAUGGCAUUUUAUGGUGUAGUACAAGACGGGCCAGAUGGAACAUUAGCUACUGUCACAGAGUUCAUGGUUGAUGGCUCACUAAGACAUGUCUUAGUUCGUAAAGAUAGGCACCUUGAUCACCGCAAGAGGCUUAUAAUUGCAAUGGAUGCAGCCUUUGGAAUGGAGUAUUUACACUCCAAGAACAUCGUGCAUUUUGAUUUGAAAUGUGACAAUCUUCUUGUCAACAUGAAGGAUUCUACACGCCCUAUAUGCAAGGUGGGUGAUUUUGGGCUGUCGAAAAUCAAGAGGAACACUUUGGUUUCGGGUGGAGUUAGGGGAACGCUUCCAUGGAUGGCUCCGGAGCUGCUGAACGGUGGCAGCAAUAAAGUUUCCGAAAAGGUUGAUGUUUUCUCAUUUGGGAUCGUCUUAUGGGAGAUUCUUACUCGUGAGGAGCCGUAUGCUAACAUGCACUAUGGUGCAAUCAUAGGGGGCAUUGUGAAUAACACGCUCCGACCCACGAUUCCAAGUGAUUGUGACCCUGAUUGGAGAAGGCUAAUGGAGCAGUGCUGGGCCCCAGAUCCUGCGGUCAGGCCAUCCUUCACUGAAAUAACAAAUCAGUUACGGGUAAUGUCUGCAGCCUACCAAAAUAAACCCCAUGCUCACAAGCAGUCUUAGAUUGCUUCUUUACCUGUCAAAUAUAUAAACAUCGUACACUAUGCUUUAUCAUGCUGAAACCCAAAUUAUUGUUAUUAUUAUUAUAAGUAAUAUAAUUAUUGUUAUUAUAUUUGUUGUUA